UUCUUUUACUCUUGUAUAAGAACCAAAGAAAAAUGGAGACUGGGCUUUCCGCGAUUGGCUGUGUAAAUUGAUCAGUAAGAAGAAGAAGAAGAAGAGUAGGAAGCUAUGGCGAGUAGCCAAUCCACUGUAAGAGCGCAAAUCCAUGUGCCCAUUGAAAUAGCUAUCGAAAUCUUAUCAAGAUUGCCCGUAAUAUCUCUUCUCCGAUUCAAAUCCGUGUGCAAAACCUGGUACGCUCUCAUCAAAACCCCUCAUUUUAUAUCCAAACACCUCACCUUGUCCACUCUCAACCCCAGUCCCACUUUCAGCUCUCUCCUUGUAUCCACUAGCAACACCAACACCAAUCACUCGUCAUUGCUUCACUUGAACCAUCCAUUUCAUGACCAUACAGCUCUUGAUUUCCCUUUCUUGACCGAGUGGAAAUAUUUCUGCACUGUGGGUAGUUGUAAUGGCUUAUUUUGUUUUUACUAUGAGUGUGAGUAUCCUGUGAUUCUAUGCAAUCCCGCGACCAGAGAUUUUCGCCGAAUUUCCAAUGAUGUAUGGUGGGACCACACGAAUGUUGCUUUUGGGUUUGGUUUCCAUCCCAGUGCUAAUGAUUACAAGUUGAUUAGGAUUGUGUCUUGGGUGUGUACCUUUGACGAGACAUUCUUUGUCCAAACUGAUAUGUACGAAAUGGGCAGCGAUAAGUGGAGAGGAAUUGAAGCUAAAAUGCCUUCGGUUUCUGGCAAGGAGGUUGUUGAUGCUGUGGAAUAUCAGAUUUCGGGAUGCUGUACUUCGGCUUUUCUCAAUGGGGUUUUCUAUUGGGAGGCAACUGUUUCAGUAACUGAUGAAGUGAUAGUUGUUUCGUUUGACAUGGAUAAUGAGGUUUUCCAGAUAAUAAGAACACCUCAUUGUUUGGGUGGGCUUCGGGUUCAAGAAUUAUUUCCCCUUACCGGAUUCGUGCAACUAAAGGAUAAACUCUGCUUGAUUGAUUAUCAUGACGAGAGAUGCCUUGAUGUGUGGGUGUUGGAUGAAAAUGAGAGGUGUUGGACUAACCAAUUCAAAAUUGGAUCUUUUCCAAGAAUUGAGAAUUUGGCGACACGUGGGGAAUUUUGGAGAGUUAGACUAGUUGGAUGUAUGAAAAAUGGCGAUCUGAUAGUGGAGGUCCUUUUGGAACCUGGUGAAGGAAUAUUUUUGUAUGAUCCAAAGAACCACGAAACUAAGAAUCUUCUGGCUUUUGAUCAGGUUCGACAUCCAUGUCAUAUUUGUUUGUACACGGAGACCUUGGUUCCAAUAUAACGAAAGCAACGAAGAUGAAAAUGGCAGUGAAGUCGUGCUGAAGGAGAAGAAAAUGAAACAAAGGAAGCCAUGAACUCAUGUAUGAGACUCGGCAUCAAGUUGGUGUCUCAGCUUCCCAAGGGAUAAUGUGCAACCAGCUCACCUCUUUUGCAAAGGAAAGAUCUUCAGUAUGUUGUGUACCCAGAUCAGCUAUAUAUCCUCCUCUCGUGUUUUUCUCCCUUUCUGUAUGUCUUUGUACUCUUGCUGCUACUUUAAUGUUGUUACUGUAAUUGACCCACAAAACAAAAGACAAUAUGUUGUUACAUUGAAGUCUCUUUGAUUACCUGGAUUAGGUUGGAUCACAAGUUCUCUUCAA